AUGAAGCUGUCCAACCAGUCAGAGGUGCCUGUAUACACCAUCUCGGGUUCCAACACUGCCCGUCCUUUGCCAGAGUGGCUCGCCAGACGCCGCAAGCGCAGCUUGAAGGAUGAUCCCGAGUAUGCGAACCGAGUUGAAUUGCUGCAGGAUUUCGAGUUCGAGGAGGCCAGUCACUGCAUUCGAGCCAGUGAGGAUGGUGAAUGGGUUAUGAGCACAGGUACAUACAAGCCGCAAAUUCACACUCACUACCUUCCACAAUUAUCUCUCUCUUGGGCUCGCCAUACCGUCGCUCUCAACACAACUUUCAUUCUUCUCUCCUCCGACUACUCCAAGUCUCUUCACCUUCAGUCUGACCGCUCUCUUGAAUUCCACACCCCGCAAGGAUGUCAUUACACUACCCGCCUCCCGCGAUACGGCCGUGAUCUUGUCUUCGACCGAAACUCCACCGAGGCUCUCAUCCCCGCCGUCGGUGUUAACCAGGAUGGUAUGGGUGAAGUUUUCCGUCUCAAUUUGGAACAGGGACGCUACAUGCGAAGCUUCGAGGUGGACGUUGGCGGCGACGAUUUCACAUCUGCGGGUGGUGGUACGCUUCAGGGUGGAAUCCAUACUGGUGCUGUGAACACUGCUGCAAUUGCAGAGGAGAGCCACGGACUGCUUGCCUUUGGUACCACGACAGGCACAGUUGAGCUGUGGGAUCCCCGAGCCAAGGGUCGUGCAGGUGUGCUUUUGCCGCCUACACAGCCUGGACCGCACGAGGCACGCAAUGAAAUUACUGCGUUGGAGUUCCAGCGUUCUGGUCUCACCCUUGGAACUGGCUCAUCUAACGGCUUGAUUCACCUCUACGAUCUCCGAUCCCCUGUUCCUCUCUUGAAGAAGGACCAAGGAUACGGUUUCCCCAUCCACACCCUCAAAUUCCUUGAAUCAUCAAGCGCCACCCGCGCGGCGACAUUGGAGCCCAAGAUCAUGUCCGCUGAUAAGCGUAUCAUCAAGCUCUGGGACCCGCGUGACGGUACCCCUUGGACAUCCGUCGAACCGGCAGUGGAUAUCAACUCGGUGGCUUGGUGCAAGGACAGUGGAAUGCUUCUCACAGCCAACGAAGGCCGCCAACAACACUCAUUCUUCAUUCCCCAACUUGGACCUGCGCCCAAAUGGUGCUCGUUUCUGGAUAACUUGGUCGAGGAGAUGGCCGAAGAUCCCAACGACCCUAACGCCUUCAACACCUCCAGCGCUGGUUCCGUCUAUGAUAACUACAAGUUCCUUACCAUUCCUCAACUCCGUACCCUCAAUCUCGAGCAUCUUAUCGGCCGCACUAACCUACUGCGACCAUAUAUGCACGGUUACUUUGUGGCUCAACGUCUGUACGAGGAGGCCAGGUUGAUCACCAACCCGUACGUAUGGGAGGAGGAGCGCGCCAAGCGAGUUAAGGAGAAGAUCGAUAAGGAGCGCGAGAGCCGCAUCCGCGGCAAGAAGAAGGCCGCCGUCAAGGUCAACAAGCGUCUGGCCGACAGAUUGCUCAAUGCAGAGGAGAAGAAGGAGCGCCGCGAUGCCAAGCGUGUACUCGAGCGUGGUGGUGACGAAGAGAUGGUCGACACUCCUGCCAAGGAGGAGAAGGAUAAGGUCGAGAAGGAUCCCAAGAGCAAGGGUGUUCUGGCCGACAACCGUUUCAACGCCCUGUUCGAAGAUAUGGACUUCGCUGUGGACGAAGAAUCUCACGAAUUCCGUCUUAUCAACCCUAGCACUGUUCCCAUUCCCGCUGCUGAGCGCAAGGAGCGCAAGGAACGCGGCCUAACGGCCGUCGAGCAAGAAGCCAUCGACGACGUACCCGGAUCUAGCUCUGACUCCGACUCCUCCAGCGAGGACGAGCGCCCCGCGAAGCCCGAGCGCUCCAACAAGAUCUCCUCCUCCGAUUUCAAGCGUACCAAGCGUGCUCCUCCUCGCAUGCAGGUCUCCUCCUCAACCCGUACCAACUCCGCCCGCGACCGCUCAUUCGGCUCCCGCGCCCAGAACAUGAAGACGAAGCAACGGCCCAACCGAAACACCACCGUCGUCGGCGAACGAGAAGUCAGCUUCAUGCCCGCUGGCCGGUCCAAGAACAGCAAGCCCGAAGUCAAAUAUGACAAGACCGAGUUCAAAAACAAGGAGCGCCGCAGUGCUUCGGGCAAUUUCUUCCGGAAGAUGUAA